AUGUUAAAAGAAUCGUAUAAUAUAUCAAUGGAAAAAGAAAACGAUGAUGUAGAUGAAAAAAAAGGAUUGAAUGAAAAAUUGUUUCAAGAAAAAGAUAGAGAAUUUGUAAAUAAUAUAGAUACAGUUGACAGUAAAAAUAUAAAUAAAGUUAACAUUAGAGGUGCUAAUGAUAAUAGUAUGGAUAAAAUAAUAAAUAAUAUAAAUAUAGAAAAAGAUAAAAUAUUUAAAACUAAGAAAAAGAAAAAUACAUUGAAUUUAAGUGAGAAUAAUAAGAUAAAAUUAGAAAAUAAAAAAGAAAUUCUUAUAAGUAAUGAGGAAAAAGAAAAUGGUAAUCUAACAGAAAGUAAAAUCUUGAAAGAAGGUAAAGAUAAUAAUGAUAAAAUUAUAGUUAAAAGAGAUAAUAGAGCAAAUAAGGAAAAAUAUUUAUCAGAUCAAAAUUUAGAUAAAGAUAUUUUAAAUAAAGGUGAUAUUUCACAUAAGAUAGGAAAAGAAAAAAAAGAGAAAAAUGAUACUACAAAUUAUGAUGAAUUAAAAAAAUGUGACAUAACAAAUAAAGAAAGUAACACAAGAAAAGAAAAGAAUAACCUUAACAGUUUUAAGAAAGAGAAGGAAAAGUUACUCAUGAAAGAAGUAAUAAAUAGUAAAAAAGGGAAAAAUAUUUUAGAAAUUAGUAAUAAACAAAAUGUAAUGAUAAAACAUAUUGAACAUAAGAAAAAUAGUGAUUCAUUAAAUACCGAUGAAAUAGAUAAUAACUUUGAAUUAAAUAAUGAUUAUACAAAAUUAAAAAACGUAGAUGAAAUUUUGGAAAAUAAUUUAUUAAAUAAAUAUGAAACUGAUGAUACCAUAUUGUUUAACAAAGUCGGAAUAUCAAAAGAUAAUAAUAGUAAUGAAAAAGCAGAAGUGAAAGAUGUGGAAUGUAAUACAAAAAUAGAACUUAAUAAAAAUAUCCACAAUGAAAUAAAUUUAAAAGAAAAAAUAUUAGAAAAAAAGGAAUUAAGAAACACAAAUAAUAAAAAAAUGUAUGAUGAAAAAUGUGAAGAAAGAAAUUAUAGAAUAAAUGAUAAAAUAUUAGAUGAAAAAAAGGAUUAUACUGAAAGAAUUUCUUGUAAUGAAGAAAAACAGUAUAAAAAAGAAAGUAGUAAUAAAAAUGAAUCUUCUUUAGAUAACAAGAAUAAAAAUAAGCGUGACACAUUACAUCCUGAAAAAAUCAAUAGAAAGAAAAAAAUAAAUAAUUUUAGUGAGGAAAAUAUACAUGUAAAAAAAAAAAAAAUAAAUAAUUUUUUAGAUGAAGAUGUUAUUAAAGAAAAAAAAGAUAGUAGUAGCAUAAAUGAAGAGAUUAUUCAUGAGAAAAAAAAGUGUGAUGGUACUAAUUUUGAAGAUGAAGAUAAAAUAAAAGAUAAAAAAUAUAACAAUAGUGACACUGAUGAAAUGAUUAGUAAAGAAUGUAUUAAUAAAACAAAACAAAAAAAUGAUAACGGAUAUGAAUGUCAAACAGCAUAUAAGAAAAAAUAUGAAGAAAUGACAAGAAAGAAUGAUUUAUAUAAAAACGAGGAAAGUAAAUUGAAUGAAUUUUCCGAAGAUAAUAAAAUAAAUCAAGUAUCCAAUAAAAAUAAAGGUGAAAAUACAAAAAAGAAAUAUACAAGACUUCUAAAAAGCUUGCAAACAAAUUUAACAAAAAAAAUUAUAAACAAAGAAUGUGAAAAAAGAAUUAAAUCAUGGGGUGAUAAUAUAACUUUACAAGAAAAAAUAAAUUAUUUUAUAAAUAACAAAAUUGCUACAAAAACAGAAUAUAAGUAUGGGAAAAAACCAAAUACUUUGUCCAUAUGUAACCAAUUUAGCUUAUAUAAUCACUUAACGAUGUUAAAUGAUUUUAAUAGAUUGCAUUAUUAUAGAGCAGCAAUGAGAUGGACAGGGCAUAAAGAUUCUUGCAAUACCAAUAAUAAUUUUAUUAAUAAUGAAAAUAAUUUAAUUACUACAGAUUAUAUAAAUAAUAUGAGUAACACAUUAAACUUGAGUAACACAAUUAAUGGUGAAAAUACAAACAGCAUAUGUAAUACAGAAAGUAUAUAUAGUAUGAGUAAUACAAUAAACGUAAAUAACAAUGAAGGCUAUAAUUUAAAUAAGUCCAGUGAAUUUAACAAAAUAGAUAAACCAAAUAUAUUUUUUGAAAACAAUAAAGGUUGUUAUGUGUAUAAUAAAAAUAUAAUAGAAAUAGGAACUGGUCCAUUGUCUUUAUUGUCUAUUAAUGCCAUUUUAAAUGGGGCUAAACAUGUAGAUGCUUUAGAAGUUAAUAAAGAUGCUUCUGAUAUGGCAAAAAAAUUAAUAGAGGGAUAUAAUUUAGAAGAUUAUAUUAAGAUUAUAAACUGUUAUUCCAAAGUUUAUGAAUAUAAAGAAGAAGAGCAGCAAAGAAGAUUAAAAAAAAAAAAUUCAUUAUAUAAUUUUUUUGAUAAUUCCUCGAAUGAAAAUUUUUGUAAUAAUUUUAAUUAUGAUUUAAUAAUAAGUGAAGUAAUAGGUGAUUUUGCUUCACAAGAAGGGGUAGCUGAUAUAUAUUUAGAUCUACAUAAAAAAAUAUUUUCCUAUAGAAAAUAUCAAGAAUAUUUAUAUAAUUGGAAUGUUAAUAAAGAUAGUAUAGAAUAUGCUAUGAAAACAAAAAGUAAAGAAGAAAAUAAAAAUGAUAUGAGUGAAAAAAAAAAAUUAAAAAAUGAAGAUAUUAUAAAGAAAGAAAAAAAAUUAUCAUAUAGUGAAUUUUCUGCAAAUGAAGAUUUAUAUAAUUCUGAAGAAUUUUACAAUAUGAAUAUUAAAAGUAUUCCAUAUAGUGUUACUACAUAUUAUUGCCCUGUUAAAUUCCCCUAUUCUGAUAAUAUUAUAUAUAAAAGUGAAAACUACCCAGAAAGAACAAUUAUAAGUCCUCAAAAUAAACUGUUACAAUCAGUUAUAUUAGAUUGGUCAAAUUUAACAUUAAAUGAAAAAGAAAACAAUGAAGAUAAUGAUUUUGGUGUUUUAGAAUAUCUAUAUUUAGAGCAGAAUUUAAAAAAUCAAGUAUUACAAAAAAGAAGUAAUAUAUUCCAUAUUCAAAAAAAUGCUCCAUUUUGUGGUUUUUUAAUAACAAUUGAUGUAGAAAUUAGAAAGGGGGAACAUUUUGGUACAAAAUAUGGAACUUGUGAUAGCUGGUAUACUAAUAUUGUUUUAUUAAAAGAUGAAAUAAAGGUUGAAAAAGAUGAUUUAAUCAUUAAUAAAACAUAUACAAACUUAUUAAAUUAUAAUGAAAAUAUUAUUGAUAGAAAAACUGUUUUAGUUUCGCGACCAUCUUACACUUUUUAUGGUUAUAUUUUACGAUUAAUUAAAGAAAAAUACGAAGAUUCUCCUUUUGAUACUGAUGAUAUGAAUUCAGGCCUUGAUAAAAAAUGCAGCGAAUCAAAUUAUUCAUCUAAUGAAAAUAAUUAUGUUUAUUUAGAUGACGAAACAAUAUUAUUAUUGGAUCAAAAAGAUUUUCAUACCAAAUUUUUGAUAUCAGAUGUAAAUAAAGGUGACAAUGAAGACUCUCAUACAAACGAAGAAUUUAAAACAAAUGACGCGAAUAAUAAAUUAGAUAAUUCUAUUAAGAUAAAGAAACAUGAUUACUCUAAAAAGAAAUCAAAUACGUUUGAAGAUCAAAUUAAAUCCAAAGAUAAUGAUAGUUGUUCUCAGAAUAUUUCCCAUUUGGAAGAUAUUAACGCUGAUAAAAAUAUGUGUGAUAAUAAAUCUAAUAGUAACAAUAUAUUAUAUUCUAACUCAAUAAAUAAUAAAGAGAAUUCAAAUAAUAUCUUAGAAGACAAUAUUGAAAAAAAAUAUCUAGGAAAUAUGGCAUUAAAUAAAAAUGACAUGAAUUGCGAAAAUUCGAAUAGCAAAUUGAGUGAUAAAUUAUACAAUGAAUCUAAGGAAAAUAAAUAUUACAGUGAUGUUGAUAAUUCUUUAAAAGAAAAUAAUACAAAUGUAAAUACAAAAGAAAGCGAAUCAAAUUCAAUAGAAUCAAUAAGUAAAAAUGUUGAAAAAAAUGAGAAUAUAACAAAAAAAAUUUCAAAGAAUAAUACAAAUAAAAAAAAAAAGAAAGAUACACAAAAAACUGGACAUAAGAGUAAGAAAGCUUCAGAUAAAAGUAAAGAGGAAUAUGAGAAAGAUAUUUCAGAUAUUAUUAACAAUUAUAAUUUAUAUUCAAAAUUCUACUAUGACAACUUAAAAAAUAAAAUUAUAGUUUAUAAAAAUCUUAAGUAUAAAAUACUAUCUUUUUAUGAGCCUGUAGUUAUUGAUUAUGAUGAACAGGCAACUGUAAUCUAUAAAAAGGAUGAUAUAUAUAAUAGCAGAGAAAAUAACGUAAAUAAAUUUGUGAAUAAUGUUUAUCAAUAA